AUGUGUGAUAUGGGGGGACUUGAUAAUCUGAUUGCCAACACAGCAUAUUUACAGGCCAGGAAAACUGGAGAUGUGGAUGCCAAGGAUAUGCAAAAACGGCGCAAGAGCAUUAUACUACCCAAGAUUGAAGAAUGUGUUGAAAUCAGGCAAUCCAUUCCUGUGGAGUAUGAGAACAUCUGUGAGCAACAGCCCAUUGGCAAGAAGUUUUUCAGAGAAUUUCUGGAGACUGUGCCUGAAUACCAAUUGGCCCAAGAAUUCUUGGAUGAAAUUUCUGCUUGGGAGUUGUCAGAAGAAAACAUCAAGAGUAGUCUCCUAGAGGGGAUGGUCAAUAUGUAUCUGAGGAACGUUAGCAAUGCUUACUUGAAAUUUCUUAGUACAGGCCUAUCCAACAAGUGCCAGUCAGCCUCCAAGAAUGAUUUUGAGAACAUCCUGCAGUCAGCCAGGGAAGAGACAAAUGCCUUUCUUAAAGGAAAACCCUUUGAGGGCUUCCAGGCCAGUCCAUUCUAUGAGAAAUUCUUGCAAUGGAAAAGCUAUGAACAGCAACCUAUCACUGAGAAAUUAUUUGAAGAGUUCCGAGUAUUAGGCAAGGGAGGCUUUGGAGAGGUUUGUGCUGUCCAGGUGAAGAGUACUGGGAAGAUGUAUGCCUGUAAGAAGCUGGAUAAAAAAAGAUUGAAGAAAAAAAAGGGUGAAAAAAUGGCUCUUCUUGAGAAGGAGAUACUCGAAAAAGUCAACAGUCGUUUCAUUGUCAGGCUGGCCUAUGCUUAUCAAAGUAAAACCUCCUUAUGUCUUGUCAUGAGCCUCAUGAAUGGUGGGGACCUUAAAUAUCACAUUUACCAUGUGGGUGAGAGAGGCUUGGAAAUGGAUAGGGUCAUCUUCUACUCAGCUCAGAUUACCUGUGGGAUACUGCACCUCCACUCCAAGAAAAUUGUCUACAGGGACAUGAAGCCGGAAAAUGUCCUCCUGGAUGAUAAUGGCCAUUGCCGAUUGUCUGAUCUUGGUUUGGCAGUAGAAGUCAAGGAGGACAAAAAAAUCACCAAUAGGGCUGGAACUAAUGGAUACAUGGCUCCUGAAAUCUUAAAGGAAGAAAGUUACUCCUACCCUGUAGAUUGGUUUGCUAUGGGGUGCAGUAUUUAUGAGAUGGUUGCUGGUCGAACACCAUUCAAGGAUUUCAAAGAAAAGGUUGAGAAAGAUGAAGUGAAAAGAAGAACCUUAGAAGAUGAAGUGAAGUUCCAGCAUGCUAAUUUUGAUGAGUCAACAAAAAGUAUCUGUAAACUCCUCUUGGCAAAGAAUCCUGAAGAUCGUUUGGGAAACAGGAAUAAUGAUGAUGAUCCCAGGAAACAUGCAUUCUUCAAGUCAAUAAAUUUUCAUAGGCUGGAAGCAGGCAUUAUUGAUCCUCCCUUUGUGCCAGACCCAUCAGUCGUCUAUGCCAAAGAUCUUGCAGACAUUGCUGAUUUCUCUGAAGUUCGGGGAAUUGAGUUUGAUGAAAAAGACAUUGAAUUCUUUAAGAAAUUUGCUACUGGUGCUGUCCCAAUACCCUGGCAAGAAGAAGUUAUUGAAACAGGACUAUUUGAAGAUCUGAAUAAUCCCAACCGAGUAGUUGAAGGUGACUCCAAAUCUGGAGUUUGUUUACUCCUAUAAAUCUUAAAUUAGUAACAUAAAAGGUGGGAAUACAUAAUUGAAUCUUCCAAGAUUUCAAAGGCUCAGAGAAGUUUAGCAAGAUCUCACUGACACCAUAAAGGCAAACUGAGUAAUGUGUCCCUUUCUGUGCUGGAAAUUUUGCAGUGAAACUUCAAGAUUCUUUUAUGAUAGUGAAAUAAUUUAAGAAUUUGUGGUGGUUUCUGGACAAUCUUAGCUAUUAGGACACACCACUCUAUUUGGGACUGCCACUAUUUUAUUAUAAUUCCAUAGCCACACACACAAAUGUUUUAUAAAAUGGACACCACUCUUAUGAAGAACAACAAAA